AUGUCGACAAGUGCGCAAGAGAACUACAGCCUCCGUUGGAACAAUCAUCAAUCGCACAUAUUGGAAUCAUUUGAUGCACUCUUGCAACAAAAUUCACUUGUUGAUGUGACUCUCGUAUGCGCUGAUCGUUCAUUACGUGCUCAUAAAGUUGUCCUUAGUGCAUGUUCGCCAUUUUUUGAGCGCGUCUUUAACGACACACCGUGUAAGCAUCCUGUAAUAGUACUUAAGGAUUUUAAAGGAUGGCUUGUUCAAGCUAUUGUUGAUUUUAUGUACCGAGGUGAAAUUUCCGUCCCACAGGAGCGAUUAAGUCAAUUGAUACAAGCCGGCGAGUCAUUACAAGUACGUGGACUUAUUGGAGCUGUACCGUACGCGAUUCCAUUAACAGGCAGCACAGCUGUAGCUGAUUUAAUUACAGAACGUGAAAAUUCUUGUAUAAGUCCAAUGCCGAGACGUAAACAGGCACGACCAAGACGAAGGUCGGGUGACUUGACUGGCGAAUUACAGCCACAAGAUUUAAGUAAUGGAAAUUUAAUUCCAAAAUGUGAGAAUGUUGAUGAUGUGAUUGAUACGGAUGAUGAUGAGGAUGCAGAACUUCAUGAGAUUGCCAAACGUGUUAGACAAAAUGGCAUUGGAUUGAGUCUAAGUGAACCAAAGGAUAAUGGACGUGAGAAUUGUGAGGAUUUGGAGAAUGAUGAUGAUGACGAUGUCUCGAUUAGUAAUAAUAAUAAUAAUAAUAACAAUAUCUUAAAUAAUAGCAGUAGUAAUAAAAGUAAUAGUAAAUUAAAUAAUGGAAUGGAUGAUGAGGAUGAAGAUGAGGAUGAUGAUGACAUAAAAUUACCUGACGGUGAGGAAAAAGAGAACCAACCGGACGGAGAUGUUUCGAUGCAGACAUCAGACGUUCCGGAAAAUUUAUGCACAAAAAAGUCACCAUCAUCAGCCUCGGAUAGCAUUGUGAAUGAUAAGAACAACAAUAAUGAUGGAAAUGGAAGUAAAAAGAGAUCGCAUUCACUGCCACAGGCACAUGACUUUCAUGAACGAUUCAUUUUAUCAUUAAAAGACUUAAGACAUCUCAGUCGAUAUCGUCAGGGUCCACCAGGACAUCCAUUUAAUGACAUUCUAUCACAUUUACCAAUUUCACCACCACCGAGCUUUCAAAUGUCUCAAAAUGAUCGACAUGAUAAUAAAGAUAAUAAUAUGAAGAUUGAAUCGGAUCAUUCAGAUGCUGAGACACCACCAUUCCCAGAUCAACUUGACUUACCACAUCCAAAUUACCAGCAGCAACAACAUGAGAAAAAUGUUCGUGAGAAUCAUCAAAAGCUUGCAGCACACAUGAUGAAUCAACAUAAUGCAAAUAUGUCACAAUUUCACCCACCUCCAUUCUCACAAGGCGAUGGACCAUCCCUAAGGGGUCAUGGACAUCCACAAGGUCAUCCGUCACAGUCACCCAUGUCAUUUCCAUCCGUAUCUGCAUUGACUCUAACCCCGCCGCACAUGUUUGGUCUAGACUCACCUCUUGGACUCUUCCCACCUGGCAUGGACCCAUCAAAGAUGUACAAUCCAUUAAUGGACCUUCCAGAUCAUCAUCCAGCUCACAGACAACUUCAUCCUGAUCACCAACCAUUCUUAAAGAAAAAAUUACAACGACCCAAGGGCCAACACAGUGCACCACGUGGUGGACCACCUCGAUCAUGGACAAAUGCAGAACUGACUGAAGCUCUCCAGCAUGUGUGGAAUAAGAAAAUGACAACAAGUCAAGCAUCGAGAAUAUUUGGCAUUCCAUACAACUCACUCCUCAUGUAUGUUCGUGGAAAGUAUGGAAAAAGUUUAAAACUUGAGCAGCUACGGAAAGAUUGCAUAAGUGGACCACCAAUUGAGAUGCUACAGAUGACACCGGGUGCACCUGGUGAGAAAAAGAAGGAAAAGGGUGAUGAUGGACGAGAUGAUGAUAUGCCAAGAAGAAAUUCCGACGGACAACCAGGCUCACAGCACGGUGGACCACGUAGAAGUCAAUCAAGUGAUCCAGAUCUAAUGAACCCACUUUUCAAUCCAUUCCCAGGUGGAUUUUACCCAGAUUUUCCAGGUGCUGGUGGAUUUUCAGGACUUCAAUUAAGCAUGCUGAAUCUUUUGCCACCAGAUGCUCGACUUCAUCAGCCUAUGAUGCCAAUGGUGAUAGAUGAUGACUGCAAAAGUGAUACAGGGUCUGUACAGUCACUCGAUGACUCAUUACCUUCAACACCGCUCAAUUUAAAUCGUGAAAAGAAUGGAAGUGCUCAAUCGGAGCCGUCACUGAGUCGUCAAAUGUUUCCGAACUGA